CUGGGGAGCUGCUGAUUGCAAACACAUGCAGGAACUUUUAGCCGACCUUUGUCGCCAGCCUGAGUGCUGGCUGAAGUUGUGUUUUCCCUUCUCUUCGGUCUUUUUGGUUCUUUUCCCAACUUGUUUGAAGCGGAUCCGACCAACCUCGUCUGAGACCUCGAUCAAGUGAAAGCCAGCCUCGAGGGCGGGGGCCAAACGUGGCAUGCCACACACCCAAUCUGGCGGGAGCUCUGCGAGACUUUCUCUUUGACAAGCUUGAAGAACGCAGGCUGCGCGUGCCAUCGUCACUGCCACAUCGAAACCGAGUGGGAGUUACUUCUCUCCAUGGCCUGCCUCAGGACCUUACGCGCCUUCCCGGCAGCGCUUAUAGCGCUGACCCUCGCCUCUGCGGUGCGAGCUCAGGCUGACGGCGUAGUCGACUUUGGAUUCUACCCAGAAGGAGCGCAAGAUUGUCUCUAUAGCGCCGCUGAUAGCUCCCGAUGCGAGUCGAAGACGGUGGAAGCGACCAAUGCGUGUUUCUGCCGAAAUGGCGGGGACUUCAUCACAACGGCUGCAGCCUGCAUCGGCCGGUCAUCUCGCGACGAUCUGAGAACCACGUACCGGACAAUGCGAGAAGCUUGUGGCAACUCGGAGACGCCCAUCACCAUCACUGAAGACGAGUUCAUGGAGGCUGCGGACGAUUCCGGCCCGACGACAACACAGAGCUCGAGUACGGCAACUUCGAGCACAACCAGCACGGCCACAACAACAUCAACAUCAACACCCCCGCCGGAUGACAAGGAAGAUGAAGGAAGCUCCGGACUAUCCACAGCUGCUCUGGCGGGCAUAAUUGUCGGUGCCAUUCCAGCACUCGGGCUGCUCGGCGCAUUGGCGUUCAUUGUGCUCAGACGGAGGAAAAAAAUGGGAGAAGAGUUGCAUCCCAUGCUGCCGCAGCAAGCGCACCACUCGAUGGCGUUCUCGGCAAGCGACGCGACGACCGCAUACUACAGCAGUCCUCCGCCAGACUCGGAGGCGUGGCCGAAGAAGGACUGGGGAGCAUCGCCCGACCCACGGAGCAGCGUACGGGCCAGCGGUUUCAACUGGGAGUCGCCGUCCCAUCUCGCAUAUCCCGCCGCAGCGCUGGCGCCGUCACCCCCCUUGCAGAUCCAGGAACUGGACGGGCGACAGCAUUUCCCGCCGGGUUCAACUGAGGCGCCAGUCGAGAUGGGGGGCUCGCCAGUUACGACGUCGCCACCACCUUCUCGAGCCGGCCAGUACCAGCCAUAUAACCCUGGGCAUCAAUGAUUCCGGGCCAGGACCAGGCCAAGCAUAGUGUAAAAAAAAUCGAUAUGCGGCGUGGUCGCUCCGCUAGGUCGCAGUGAGGAAGCGGCGGUGAGACAGAUGCGAAACCCGGGCCUCUCCAAUGGAUUUGUUUGUACGAGCUAUGA